AUGUGGCAAUCCAUUGCUGGAGCGAUACGACGUGCCAUCGCCGUCGAUGGGUAUAAUAUGAGACGCCAACUUGAUCCGGAACAACUCGGAUCCUUCCUACGACCAAUCUAUAAGUCCUUGGUUCAGGAAAUCGGUUAUACUGCCGCUGUUCCAGUGCCAGCAGAAACCAUUGCUCAGCUUCAUCAGGCGAUGAAGGAAAAGGCAGACCAGGUUAAAGUGGACUACAUGGACGAUCGUGUUUCGGCCAAGGCCUUUUUCCUUGGGUUAUCUCUAGCUUGUUCGUGCUGUUACGGCCUUCGAAUCGAUGUCCAGGUUUAUGUAGGCAUCUACACUUGGCUUGUCAUUCUUAUCGAGGACAAGAUAGGCGAGUGUGCAGCAGAAGUUGAAGGCUUCGAGCGGCGCUUUCUUACAGGCGAGGAGCAGCCAACACCACUUCUCCGCGCUACCGCCGCCCUGAUGAAAGAGACAUGGGACUUCUGGGACCCCAUUCUGGCCAACUUGAUCGUAACCUCGACAAUGGAUUUCGUGACGAGCAACAUCAUAGACACCCGGCGGGAAUUCAAAAAUAUGCCUGUCACAAAGGCGGGCAAGUCGUUCCCUUAUUUUUUCCGCAAUAUGUCAGGCAUAAGUAUCGCCUAUGCCUGCUUCAUUUACUCCAAGGAAGAGUAUCCUGAUAUCGGCUUAUUCCUCGAAGCCCUGCCUGAUAUGGCUUUCUAUAUUGCCAACAUUAAUGAUGUCUUGUCCUUUUAUAAGGAGGAAAUUGGGGGUGAAACGCACAAUUACAUUCACAAUAGAGCCAGGUGUGAACAGCAGAAUCCUUUGGUCAUCCUCAAGAAGGUCAAGGCUGAGACCGCGGCUUCUGUGGAACGUGUUCGUGCUAUUCUUGAGGGCAGGACGAAGUACUUUGAAGCAUGGGAAAGACAGUUGAUGGGGAUGAUAACGAUGCACACAGUCAACCCGAGAUACCGCCUGGCAGAUCUAGGACUCGGGGAGGCCCAUCCAGUCCAAAUUCCGGUAUCAGCAGUAGACUCAAAGGACUGA